AUGAAGCGCAAGCGAUCGCAAGAACCAGCCGUAUCUAGUGCACGGAAGAAAAUGGAAACUCAAGACGAUGGCACAACAUCGUGUUUGCUUGUCCGUAUCCUCGAGCAAUACGGGCUACUGGAGAGCAUCGCUACGAAUCUGUUCCCGGAAGACCUGUUGUCUUUAGCACUAUCAUCAAAAGCGGCCUAUCAUACCAUUUUCCCUCGAGCCAGCAGCAUGGACAAUCUUCUAGGAAAGUUAAACUGUUCUGGUCGAGGGAUCCAAAUUCGGAACAACCGUCAUUCCAAAUCAAUGUUCUUCUACGCCUACGAGUGUACCGAGUACGUCGAAUGCGGAACGAAAGCUGAGAGACGCCAUGUCAGAUCACAGCCGUGUGUAAAAUGCAAAUUGGCGACCUGCGAUGAAUGCCGUAUCCACUGCGUGUACCAAAGCAUUUACGAAACUCCGAGCGAUUCCGACGAAUUGCCUAACUACAGUGGCUUCGUACUUCUUGAACCUCUGGAGGUUUCGAUACUUAGUCCUCAUCACCUCGCACUUGAAGACCACACCGCCCCCCAAUGGCAAAAUUCUUCAACCGGUUAUACGAGCCCCUAUCAUGAUCAAGGCUUUCUUGACGUCCCAUUAGAGGAUGCAUCUUUUGCCGACCCUGAAUCUCUCAGUGAGAUUCUUGACCUCAACCUGGGGAAGUGUUCGCUACAACAAGUAUCCACCUCCUCUUACCAUGGAGUUCCAUCGCCAGUCCUUCGCUCCUUUUGCCAUACGACUGAAGCACGCAAAAUCUCAUUGUGCAAGGUGUGUUUCUUUCUUAAAGCAUCGAAGGGUCCGGAUGUUCUUCAGCCUGGACGAAAGCUCUCUUGGCUUCGUCCAACUAACACGUCAACGGUCUCUGAAAUCAAACCCUGCCAAUGUACGUUGAGGGCGCACUUUCUGGAUCGUUGGACAUGCUUACCCUGCUUUAAGAGGGAAGAAGAAGAAAUUCGACAAUACAAGGCCUGCACACCCAAGAGACAGACAGGACUUUGCUUGUGUGGACUCGAUACUCACCAGAUGUUGUGUCUUUGGUGUUGGGGCAUCGUGAAGGAGCAAAGCAAUUGA